AUGUCAUCUCAGACAUACUCAAUGGUUUCGCAACCAUCUCCCGCCCUGCCCCCUGCCCUUCCUUUUAUCUCAUCCCCCGACUCGGUCAAUGUGCCCGCUAGCUCAAACACCCCCCCUGGCCAAGAAGCUCGACAAGCCUACUAUUCGACGGCCGUCAAAGCCGAUCCGGAUGACAAUCCGAAUCAGCCCUCUGAUUUUGCGUUGAACUCGCUCUCGGCAGCGGCCCAUCCCUCGGCCGCCAACGCGCCUGAGCAUGACCAAUCGGGAGGAUAUGCCACAUCCAAACCCGUCCUAGAGACCGAUGGGGUUGUCUCCUCCCAAGUGGGCGCUGUCCCUGGAAUCCUUGACCAGGAACUCCACCCAGACGGCCAACCCCGACGGCCCAUGAACGCCUUCAUGAUAUUUGCCCGUCAUCGUCGACCGGCCAUCCAAGCCAAGGAGCCUGGGCUCAAGACUGGCGAAAUUUCCAAAAGACUGAGUCAUGAUUGGAAGAACCUCCCCGAGGAAGACAAAUCACAUUACCUCGAGCAAGCCAAGUUACUCAAGGAUGCGUUUCAUUCUCGGUUCCCGGAGUACGUUUACAAACGCCGUCCUAACAACACCGGUAAACGUCGUUCUAGCACCUCACAACAGCAGAUACAUGCCAAGUUUGCCUGCGGCACCGGCGCGCCUCAAUCCUUGAACCUUCCUCCGGGCUCACUUCACAGCGGAAUGCCUCACCCAGCUGAUGUUCACCACUACCAUCAUCAUCUUCAUCCGUCCCAAGGCGAUCUUUACAACCAGGGUCAUCCACAUCUUGCGCAUCACCAUCACGUCCAGCCACCUUCUCGCCCCUUGUCCUCUAUUGCGCAGCAUUCUCCGAAACCACCCAACUCCUCCUUCUAUCCUUCUCCAAACAACCCUACCUCUCCUAGGUACCAUCACCUCGGGCAACCUGGCCCAGGUUCCAACAACUGCGGGCCUCUCAUGAGCAGACAUCCCGGGCCUUACUCCUCCCGUGCGCCGUCCCUCAGUUCGACGACUACAGUUGCCCCUUCUGCGAUUCAUUCACCAAGACCCGGUUCACCAAAUCAUCAAGGCUCUCCUGCCGCCAAUGGAAUGACAUACAUGCGUGUCUCAAACCCUCAUGCGAUCACUUAUUCGGCCCAGCCCCCCUCCAACCAAUAUCCUUGGUUCACCAAUGAAGCUACCUACCCUUCGAAUCAAAACGCGUGUCAAACCCAAGCUCCGCUAUCAGCAAAUCGCUCGUCAUUCAGCUAUUCAUCUUGGCCAUCCUCCGUCGCUACAGAUUCGAGCAUGUCUGCAUCUGGAAUUAAUAACUCAGACGCCUGCGAUUCUGCUCAGGCCAUAAACCACAGUCGUGCCGCGUCAUACUCAGCCGGGCCACCUAUCUACAGGCCUCCUUCUCCGGUCGACCGAGGCCGCCAGCUAUCUUUGCCUUCACAUGCGCUAUCUGCAUCCGCUGCUGAACCUUCCCAAAAUGGACCCGACGCAGGUUCGCCAUACCAACAUCGCCCUCAUGAAGAGCAUCAAUCGAACUCGAAUCUACACAACCCUGGUAACCACGGCUACGGAUCCUACUCGUCCUCGGACAUGAUGGGUAACAACCAGCGAACAGGGUACAGCGUUUCACCAGUCUCCAGCACCUUCCGAUCAAAUUCGCUCCGAACCAACCUUGCCCCACAAGACAACGGUGAUUCCCAACCAUGCUUUGAGCAGCACCAAUCGCCAAACAUCAAUCCGUCAAGUAACCAAGCCGCUUCGCAAGUCUCAAAGAAUGAUUUUGUCACGCUUCAUCAUCCCGCCCCACCCCCACCCCCACCUGCUCCAGGCACCAGUCAUCACCACCAUCAACACUCUUCUGGUCAUAACACGGUCACAUCAAUGGCUUACUAA